AUGGCAGAAACAGCGCCCAUUCCCAUCAUUCUGUGUGGAAAGACAGAAGGCAUUGGCCGGGCAGUUAUUGCGGCUUUGAAGCCUGAGAUCGAAGUCGUUCAUUUUGUUCUCGCUGGAGAAUCAGGUCAGGCCAUAAUUCCCCCUCUUCUGGCCGGCCAGUCUCCACCUUUGCAUUCCGAGAGCAGCAACAUCGGCAGCGGGAAUUACUCUCAGGUUCCACGUGCUAUCCUCCUCGGCGGCGCUUUUGACGAAGCGACGAUAGCUCCCUUGCGAGAUGCGGUCAAGGCAACUUCAGGAGCGCGUAAUGUUCCUUGGAUUCUUCAAGAUUUAACACUGCCGGCUCCUCGGGUCAGCACGCCAGAAUACUCUGCGCUUAUGACCAAGAGGUCCAAGGAUGCUUUGGUGAAAUUGGAACAAGAGGGAAAGCUAGAUGGAAGCCAUGAUGGAAUCGAGUGGUACUAA